AAUGGGGCCGCCCGGCUCCCCAUGGCAGUGGGUGCUGCUGCUGGGGCUGCUGCUCCCUCCUGCCACACCCUUCUGGCUCUUCAAUGUGCUCUUCCCCCCGCACACCACGCCCAAGGCUGAGCUCAGUAACCACACACGGCCUGUCAUCCUCGUGCCUGGCUGCCUGGGGAAUCAGCUAGAAGCCAAACUGGACAAACCAAAGGUGGUGAACUGGAUGUGCUACCGCAAGACAGAGGACUUCUUCACCGUCUGGCUGGACCUCAACAUGUUCCUGCCCCUGGGGGUGGACUGCUGGAUCGAUAACACCAGGGUUGUGUACAACCGCACCUCUGGGCACAUGUCCAAUGCCCCUGGUGUGCAGAUCCGUGUCCCCGGCUUUGGCAAGACGUACUCUGUUGAAUACUUGGACAACAACAAGCUGGCAGGCUACAUGCAUACGCUGGUGCAGAAUCUAGUCAACAAUGGCUAUGUGCGGGAUGAGACUGUGCGGGCUGCCCCCUACGACUGGCGGCUGGAACCCAGCCAGCAGGAGGAGUACUACCAGAAGCUGGCUGGCCUGGUAGAAGAGAUGUACAAUGUCUACAGGAAGCCUGUCUUCCUCAUCGGCCACAGCCUUGGCUGCCUGCAUUUGCUGUACUUCUUGCUGCAGCAGCCCCAGUCUUGGAAAGACCAAUUUAUUGAUGGCUUCAUCUCUCUCGGGGCGCCAUGGGGUGGAUCCAUCAAGCCCAUGCAGGUUCUGGCGUCAGGUGACAACCAGGGCAUCCCGAUCAUGUCCAGUAUCAAGCUGAAAGAGAAGCAGCGCAUGACAACCACCUCUCCCUGGAUGUUUCCCUCCCGCCUCGCGUGGCCUGAGGAUCACAUCUUCAUUUCCACACCCACCUUCAACUACACGGGCCGGGAUUUCCAGCGCUUCUUUUCAGACAUGCACUUUGAGGAUGGCUGGUACAUGUGGUUACAGUCACGAGACCUGCUGGCAGGGCUCCCAGCUCCGGGGGUGGAAGUCUACUGUCUCUUUGGCAUGGGCCUGCCUACACCCCGCACUUACAUUUACGACCACGGCUUCCCUUACACGGACCCUGUGGCUGUGCUCUAUGAGGAUGGCGAUGACACGGUGGCCACACGCAGUAUGGAGCUCUGUGCCCAAUGGAAGGGCCGUCAGUCACAGCCUGUGCACGUGCUGCCCCUACCUGGGACGCAGCACCUCAACAUGGUCUUCAGCAACCAGACACUGAAGCACAUCAAUGCAAUCCUGCAGGGUGCCUACCGUAGUAGUGCCCCUGUUCCCGUGUCUGCCAGCCCAGGGACUUUAUCCCCUGAAUAAACUUUCUUUUGCU